GCCUCCUGGCUCCUCCUGAGGAACACCACCUCUCUCGUGUUUUUUUAUUUAUCCUUGUAUAAAUCAUUACGAAUAGUUUGUAUGGUCUCUGUGUUUUUAAAUCUAUUUUAAAUGAAGGAUUAAUUCUAUUUCCGGUCUAGGUGUCGCCAGCUCGAUGUGUUGUGCAGUUCCAGCGUUACGAAACUGAGUUCCCUCGUCACGUUGAAAGGUCAGUCUGAGAAGUACUCAUCAUGCAGUUGGAGGCUCAGCUGCGUUUGUGUCAGAGUUGCCUCUGGAGCUGUAAGGGUGGACUACGGAUGCUGUCCCAGAGCUAUGUGCACAGGUCUGAAUGCCUGCUUGGUUUUGAGUUGUUUGCUUUAUCACCACAGAAAACCGGUGAACUACUACGACCUACUGGGAGUCAAAUCAGAUGCAUCAACCGAGGAAAUAAAAAAUGCAUUUUUUGAUAAAUCCAAGAAGCUUCACCCUGACAGCGACCCCUCCAACCCAGAGCUGCACAGCCAGUUUGUGAAGCUGAACGAAGCCUACCGAGUGCUGAGCAAAGAGCUGAGCAGGAAGGAGUACGACUUCAAAAUCCAGCACCCCUACAGCGGGGGGGGAGUCUUCAGAUCUACCUCAACUCAAGCCGCUUACAGAAGCUCGGACACCCAGGAGGGCUUUCGCUACUGGGGACAGUUUCACCAGUCUCAGUCUCCAGAGAUGACCGCAGAGCAGAGACAGGAGAGGAAGAAGAGGAACUUCCGGCUGGUGGCCUACUGCGUCAUCGCCAUGAUGCUCAGCAUCGGAGCCCACAUGGUCUUCUUCAAGAAACUGGAAGAAGUUCACAAUAACUUCAUGGAUGAGAAAGAUCGAGUCAUCACGGAGAUCUACAAUGACGCCAAAGAGAGAGCCAGGGUCAACGGUUUUAAGAAACAGACCGAAAUCCUGCGGCAGAAGCACGCCGAGUUCCAGGAGAGGUACAAAACACGCAACGGUGGAGACGACAAGUAGCCUCUGCGGCUGUCUCUGAGAUAAUGGGAGUUUCCAGCAGACGGAGGACGUGGAAGACGUUCUUUAAGGACUUGUAGUUUUAUUUUGUUCUGUUUCCGACUUUCCCGCCCGUGUUUGACCUCAGAUGUGAUUCUGACACAGACCACGGGCGCUAAGCGGGGGAGUGUCAUCCGGCCAUACAGGUGUUGCCGACAGACCACGCUGAGCUGUAAAUCACUGGGCUGGUCUGGGGAACUAUUUAUGGUCGAUACUUUAUUUGAAGUGUCUCGAGUGUCUGCAGGGUCCAGGUGCAGCUUGCGCACAUACUGUUUGUACAACGGAGCCACAGUGAGCACUCUAAAAUAGGAACUCAGUUCUUUUCAUGCGUCCGGCCUCAGUUCUGUGGCGUACGGCGGGCAGAGCCAGCAGCCUUUUAGUAGAAGAUGAGAGCUGAUUACAAUGAGAGAACACCAGUACGUUCUAAAAGAAGGUGACCGGUGUCCUUGAGGGCCCCCGAUCAGGUCUGACGAGCAUCAGGCUGUUCGGGGAGAAGAGGCGUGAAAAAGGAAGUAUCUGCUGAAGUACCCUGUUUGCACAUUUCUUUCAUUUUGGACUCAGCAGGAAGUCUGCUUCUUAAUGCACAAUUUUCUGUUUGUGUAAACAGAAACCACAAAUUCCCAAUAUUAUGACUUGAGAAAGUGCCACUGGUUAAAUUAUUGAUGGCCAAUCUGUUAUUAGAAUAAUAGGAAUGUAAAAAUAUGAAAAGUAAUGCAAAGAAGCAACACCGAAACGCGUGUUAAUGAUGGUUUUCUGAAUGUCCAGAGCCAACAUUUACCAUUUUGCCUGUCUGUUUUUAGGUUUUUGAGGUUUUAGUGUUGUUUAUCUGUCAUUGAAUGCCUUAUGUAUUCCCUCGAGGGACGCAAGAGUGGAACGAUUAAAAGAUCAACUUUUUCUCAUCGGUCUUCACUUCCUGUUUGCUCUGUCUGUAAGCUCCAGGCGGCUUCCUAUUUUACCGUUUUGCUCUCGUCCUCCUGAAGUGAAACUCAUUUCCCCUGCUCAGCAGAGAUAACAGGAGGCUCAGACCUCCAGCGGCACACAGCAGCCUUUUAAUGAGCAACUGCGCUCAGCUUUCCGUUUGGUUGUUAUUAGAUAAUUAUUUAUCUGCUCUGCGUCAGAAUCCAGAGCCGUUUUCCAUCCCGUCUUUGGCGAAAGAAGCCAACAAACCUCUGUAACGAAAUAUCUGUAAACGACAGAGUUGAAACCUGUGCGAACAGAUCAGCCAGUGGUAAUGAUGCAUCUGCAUAACUUCCAACUACUUGUGACCCAGAAGGGAGGCUUGUUCUGGAGCGCUCAAAAUGGGGCUGUGACCUGUGUUUGAAGAGGAGAUAGGACCGUUUUCCUCGACUGCCUUCGUUCCACCGGCGGCCCCUGCCCCGAGACAUCAGCGGGAGAUAACGUACUGUGUCCCCGCAUCGCUCACAGACACCCUCGCCCUCAUGUGGCGUGUGAGUGCCCUGUCAUAACCCAAACACGCCAUAAUGACUGAGAUUGUGGUGUCGGCGUGCCUCCACACACACACACACACACACACACACACAAGCAGACACACACACGCAGACACACACACACAUAAUAAUGAAAGAAGUGGCUGGUGGAGAGAAAGAAGCAGCUAUGAAUACAGUUUUAAUUGUCUUUUAUGUUUAGCAUAAUGAGAUGUGGGGAUAGCUGUCAAUCAAAUGCUGGAAUAAAGCCCCGACAUGCACAUCCUCUGUUUUUUGUUCCACUGACAAUAAAACACCACAUUGAAAAGGCAAAUAUUUGGCUUCAGUCUGACAAACAGAUGCGAUCCUUCGGUAGGAAAAGGGCCAAAUCCUUCACCAGCAGUGCUGUUACUGGAAGGAGAAAAUAGCUGUAAGAGAAUAGUUUAACUCAAAAUCUGAACCACUGAUGGGGAAAAGUAUUCCGGAUGCUGUAGCUAGGUCAUAGAGAGUAAUUAAUGCAAAUACAUCAGC